AUGGCUACAGUAAGAAGUUGGAAGGAAAACGCUCCGGCCAACCUCUACGCUUGUUGUACGGCUGCUCUUAAGGAAGAAAACGAAACAGCAGAUCUAUUCGGAAGGUCUUGGCGUGCCGGAUUAUCACCCCUACUAUGGCGAGUACCAAUUUUCCUGUGGGCCAUCGUCAUCAUUUCCUGGUCCACAGCACACUUUUGGGGGCCUCGAGAAAAAUUUCUGUUGUACAUGACUCACUGGGGCCUAGUUCUGAUUUUCCUGGAGUCUCUCUUCGGUAUUGUGGUCACGAUCAAAAAAACUCAUGAUCAUCUACCUGAUUCUUCGCCGAGUCUGCCUUGGUACGUCAGAACUUACUGGAUAUUGUACAACAUCACUGUCCCGAUUGCUUUCCUUAUCACGUUGUUUUACUGGGCAGUGCUAAGAGCUCCUGGGAAAAAAAUCAACUACGCACCGAAUCCUAUUUUAGACAUCAUGUUACACGGCAUGAACUCUGGCCUGAUGUUCAUAGAGCUGGUAUUCUCGGCCCACCCCAGCCGUCUUCUACAUAUAAUGCAGCCUCUAUACUUCUCGCUGGCUUACUUACUGUUUACCGUUGCAUAUUUUAUAGCCGGGGGACACGACCCUUGGGGUAAUGCAUUUAUCUACCCGGUGAUCGACUGGUCAAAGCCACUGAAAACGUUAGUGGUGGUGACUCUCACGGCACUGUUCCUCGCUCUGAUGCACAUAAUCACUGUUGGUGUUGCAUCAAUUCGUGACUUCAUCGUCAGAAAAUACUCUCAAAAUAAAAAUGGAGAGUACAACGAUGCUUUCGAAGCU